GGCUGUUACUGUCUGGACUGCUGCCCAUAAAUAGGUCUGUGUGAUGAUCCAGUCCUUUUGUAUGAAUUAGAAAUGGAACUGAUACUUGUCCUCCUCCUGGUUGUCCCAACUGUGUCCGGUUGUGGUGUCCCCAGCGCCAAGCCCGACAUCAGCCGUGUCGUGAAUGGGGAAGAGGCCCGCCCAUACAGCUGGCCAUGGCAGAUUUCAUUGGAGUCUUUCUUCCCAACUUGUGGAGGAACACUUAUCGCUCCAAACUGGGUCUUGACUGCUGCACACUGCAUCACGUUCCACACAUACAGGGUGGUACUUGCUGAGCAUGACAUGGACAAGGAAGAGGGACCGGAACAGUUUAUAAUGGUGUCAAAAAUGUUCAUCCAUCCCAAAUGGAACGGCAACUGUGCGUCUUGUGGGAAUGACAUUGCUCUGCUUAAACUGGAGAAAAGUGCUGUUAUAAAUGAUAAGGUUCAGCCAGCUUGUCUGCCACAGCACGGCGCUACUCUCACCCACAACCAGCCCUGUUAUGUCACCGGCUGGGGUCGACUCCUCUCUGGUGGUCCUCGGGCUAUCACACUGCAGCAAGCCAUACUUCCUGUAGUGGAUCACAGUACCUGCAGUCAGAGUGACUGGUGGGGGAGCUCUGCAAAGACAACAAUGGUCUGUGCAGGAGGAGAGAGCAAGUCAGCAUGCCAUGGAGAUUCCGGAGGCCCUCUGAACUGUCAGGGCAGAGAUGGCAAGUGGUACGUGGAAGGGGUUACAAGUUUUGUGGAUGGACGAGGCUGUAAUACACCCAAAAAGCCGACAAUGUUCACCCGUGUGGCGUCUUUCAUCCCCUGGAUCAGUGAGACCAUGGCCCAAAACUGAAGAAGUUACAACAACAGACGAACUGAAGGAUCAUUAAACAGUGUCAUAAAACUUCAUUUUA